CGUCACGCGUCAGAUAAACCGCAUUCAAAAUCUGCAAAAAAAUGAUGGAAAUGAAUGCCGGCACUAUCGGCAAGCGGCGGAAGGUGGCCCCAGAGGAAGGGGCCGCGGCGGCCGAAGAAACCGGACCGGAAGCCUUGUUUGCAGCUGCGUCGCUGGAAGGCGAUGAUGGUGAGACGGAGAUCAAUGGUCGUUCGAAUUCCCAAGCCAGCAACGGGAUGAACAACGGAAGAUCUUCGCAGGAUUGUCAAGACUUCAAUUUGAUGCCGGAGCCGAUCUUUGGAGCUGCAACUGCGUCGUCACAAGACUCUCCUUUCGGCGAGCAUUACGAUGAGUCCUGCACGACCUCGUCGGAUACAACACGACGACGACGCAAAGUUACUGACGCGGAUAUGGAAGUCGACGAAGGCUGCAGAAACGAAAAUGAAAGAACCUUCCUGGGCCUCGCCGCUUCGCAAAUCGAGGUGGAUGAGGUGGAGGCACCGAAGUUUGUGAUGGUGACCAAAAUGCUUCCGCCCUCCCAAAAACCACGCAAAUCCUCCCCGUCGCCGACGUAUUGAUGUUUUUCGUUGAGCAAGGUCGUGGUGUUUAUUUCAUACCGUGACUGAGUUUUGUCAUGCUCAUGCAGAACAUUUUUUUUUAUUUUUCCAAGACGAAAAACUCCCUCAGGCCCCCCUCCACGGCGGAAGAGCGAACCUUGCUCGCAAGAAUCAGCUUCGCAGAGAAAGAACGGAAUGACAGCGAAGUGAGUUUGCACCUGCGAAGCACGCCAUUGGAGGAUGAGGUGGUUCUGGACCACGAGGGCAUGGAGCAACAAGAACCUGGCAACAAUAUCCGCGAGAUUCUGAUUCCGGUGAAAGAUACCAACUACCACGCGGAUACCGACGUCGAGGGCGGUCGGGGGGAAGGCGGAGACGAGCGGUUUAAGGCGAAGGAGGAUUUAUUGGAUGAAGAUGAGGAUAUGGAUAUGGAUGUCCUUGCUGUGGAACCUUUCCAAAACAAAGUCCCGGCCCGCACCAGUGGCGGACAUAAAACACCGCGAUUCAUCUCCACGUCCUUAAAGCGGCCGGCAAGUGGAAGGAGCUCCACCGCUACGUUUGCAGCUGUUAAAGGAAUAAACGAAAUAAACACGACGACGGGACGAGAUGAAAAAAGUGCAAGGGUCCGAACCACACUGCUGUCCUCUUCGAGUUCCACCUCUGCACCGCCUGCUGUUGGUUUCUCGACAGAAGGGCCGGAAGGUUUGAAAAAAUUCGAUGCGGUUUGUUCUAGUACUACUACGACCUCCCUGGUCCGCGUUUCCGAUGUGUAUUUUACAAGUUCGCAAAAUCAACUGAAACUCCCCCGGUUUUCCCUUCUCGGCCGGGAGCAGCAAGACAUCGUCCGCGCAGCUUUAUUAGGAGACCGAUUUCCGAUUUUCGGGCCGAAAACGAUAUUUUUGAAAUUUCUCGACGCGCUGUGCAAGUUAUGCAUUGCAAAUAUGUCUAGGUCUGGAAGGUUAGAACUUGUGAUGCUAACUUUGGAUUCUAAAAAAAUCUUUAUUGCAUGACCAGCAAGAGGAGCCCAGUUUGUGCUACGCGGGGAGGGCAUUUGUCAUGCGGGAUAGGCAUCAGGAAGGCCUCUAAAGAUAUGUGAUGGUAGAUCAUGCAUUACAGACAUCCUGAGUCAUGCGAAAUAUGCAUGACAAACCUGGUAACCUUCCAGACCCAGACAUUUUUGCAGCUGAUAAAAAUCGACGGACCGGCAGCUGGAUCGGUUUGGCAGGCAAAUCGAGGAGGCGUUGGAGGACGGGGUAAAGGAACUCAGGAAGCAGAUCAAGGUAUAGUGUAUUACGUAUUUUUCUUUUUACUUCAUAUGUCUGCAUGACACGAACGAAUCAUUAUGCAGUUCUUUUCGCAUGGCAAAUUACAAUGCAAAGGUUUUUCUUUUUGCUGAUUUGCUGUAUUCGGGUAUGCAUGAGAAAUCGAUCCUCCGAAUAUUUUGAACACCAGACCAAGGAGAAGGAGGUCCUGCGGCUGGAGGAAUUCGCGGCGCAGAGCUACGAAUUGCUCGAAGUUCGCGAUAAAGUCUCCAACCUACAAACGGACUUGCUAGGGAAGGACGAGGAGUGUAAAAACCAGGAAGAGUUGUACCUGGAUUUAAAAACUUCGAUAGAGGAGAAGGAAAGAGAAAAGAUGGAACUAGACGACGAAAUUAUCGAGCUGGAAUUAGAUUUGGAGGAAGUGCAAAACGUUUACAAACACGACUUCUGCAGUCUGUUUUUGCGUGGGAAAGAUUUUUUACAACUUGGUCUUCUAGAAGAAGUACCACCUGCCGAGGAGAAGAAAGAGCGGGGAGGUGUGCAGCUCACCGGAAGUGGAACUGCAAGUAGCUCCGGAGUUGGAGGCCCGAACGGUGAAGCAGUAGAGCCCGGCGCUGCCAAUUCUGGUGCUAUGGGCGGUGAUAGUGCAACUGGUGCGGGACGAGAAAUAACAGAACUUCCGUCACAUCAAGAACCAGCAGCGCCGUCUUCUUCACAGCUGCCGAAUAGUAAAACGUGGUUUGGAAACUUUCUGACGCGGGCAAACCAGGAGGUUUCUAAGGCGUGCACGAGUUUGUACGAAACGUUAAAGGAAGCGGGGAGCAACGCGGUGCCCAGAGAGCAGAAGGUUGGCUCGGACUUGUCAUGAUGCUUGGUCUGUCUAUCUUUUCGAUACAGAUUUUAUGUACAGUUUUAGACUACAGCGUUGAUGAUUUCUACUCGCGUUUAUUAUUUUCAAACUGAAGUAAACACACACAACUCUGCAAGGUCGACCGCGUCGUGAGUUUGAUCCGGAAAAUCUGCCCUACGGACGACGCCCUUCUCUCCGCAACGCAGGCGGUGCUGCAGCUGCCUGCCGAGGAUCAUUUGGGGGAUUUUGACCGCUUGACCAUUCGGACGAUCGCGGAAAAAUUGGUGCAGCGGGAGAAGGAACUAGCAGCGCUCGUGGAGGAGAAGCAGAAACUUUUUGAAGAUCUGGAAGUGGAGAUUUUCGGAGGGAAGAACUGUGGGGAGGGACAACUGGAAGUAGACGAAGAAGGUAGUGCUCGUGAAGAUUUUCAACACAAGUUAAUAUCGCGGACCAAUGGUGCGGUUGCCGAAGCGGAGAUGAUGGAAACAACUCGGAAUAAACAUGUUUUAACAUCACCAGUAGAUCUCAACGUCGCAGUGGUCGUGUCCUCCACCUCGUCUAGCAGCAACGGUGCGAGCAAGUCAAACGACGAUGAAACUACACGGAUGACCAAAAGUAGAACCAUCAAAACGGCUAGGAGUAGCCUUGUUCAUCUACUCGCGGACAGCGGCACCAGUUCCUCGCCUGUUGGCGCGGAAAUGCGAGAAGAUGCAGCGGAUAUAGCUCUACUGGAGCCGGCUUCGUCUUCUUCUUGCUCGUCUGAGGAACAUUCCGGCGAAGAAAAUGACGGCCGGGCAGCUGGAGAUCAAGAAGAUGACGACGUGGAGCUGCAAGAAGAAAAUUAUACCGACAAGAAGAAUAUCAUGGCCAGCAGCGGUGAUAAUUACAACCCCAACGGCGGCGGCGCCGCCAAAUUGCUUGAGAAAGAGCUUUCAUCCUCCAGUUCCAGUUGCAGUGGCGAUGAUGCUUUAUUUCACGGCUUCUUCCGGUCGAAAAACCAAAGCCGGGAAUCCAGUUACUCCAGCCGCGAUUCAGCCCAGGAUAUGCAUUGCAAAUAUGUCUGGGUCUGGGAACUUGUGAUGCAAGGAAGGGAAUAGGGAGCGCACUGUAAUGCGCCGCCAAGCAUGACAAGUUUUUCCAUGGUUCUGAGUUGCGUACUUCGCAUGAGAAACUGCGUCUCUGCAUGACAGGCAAGAGGAGCUCUUUGCGGCCACGCAAUACAGAUUUCAGAGUCAUGCCCGGCUAGCAUAACAAACCUGGCAAUCUUCAUCCAGACCCAGACAUAUUUGCAAUGCAUACAGAACAGCUGCCGUCACAUUUCGGACGAGGAGGAUUAUUUUCUACUGGGAAGCAGUAGUAGUGUCGAGGAGACGGGGACGGUGGAGCGGAAUUCUUUAGUAGAGGGUGUUAAUAGCGAGGAACCGGAAGUAGAAGAUCUUCGAGAUGUGGAAAUGGUGUCGGAGCGCAGUUCAUCUUCUUUGGUGGAACCGGACCGGGAGGAGGAAGUAGUCCGGGACGUAAAAAUGGCGGAAACAGGUGCUAGUUCUGCGGCAGCAGUUAAAGUAAACGAAAAUCCACCAAGACCGCAGGACUUGCCGUUGUGCUUAUCCAAGAAGAAGAUCAUUGCGGACCAGAAGCUGCAAAGUCUCGUGCUCGAAAGAAACCAGAUUCAGGCGGAGUUGACGAAGCUGUCCGUUGUCGAGACGAGGUUAACCGGGCGCGCCGUCGAGCAGCGCCAGAUGAUUGAACAGAAGAAGGUGGAGAUUGAGAGAGGUUUGAUGGUCGAUUUACACGAUUUGGAGCAGGUGCAAAAGCAUUUCGAUACACUGAUGAGGAACAGAGAAAUGGAGUUGGUUGUCGGAUGAUUGAGUUUCGUGAGUUGUACCUAGCGAAAUAGAUGUCGAGCAACUGAAAUGCAAAUUCGAACUAGAGUUCUCGCUCUUUGUCGUGGGCAGACGCAGAGUAAGCCCGUACUAAGGAUGAUAAGCCAGCAGCUUCGCUAUCGAUUCGAAAGUGUUCUUUCGGUAGUUCUCUGUACCCGUUCGGAGUGCGUGCUUGCUGUUCCGGUCCCACACGUAUGAAGGCAAAGGAAGACCGUGCCAGCGCCAGG